CAAAAACAUGGCUUGGUCGAGCAUGACCUCGCCACAGGACAAAGAACCAAGCGUAGCCCAAGCGCAACCCAAACAACUUUCUUUACACCCUGUAAGCUCUGCGCCACAGUCAUCUGGAGACAAUGUUGAUCCUGCUCGAUCAAUCACCCACAAGGAUUCCAUGGCUUCGUUCUCAUCUACACACCACAGUACAGCAGCUUAUCAACAGCAACCUUGGCCUACAACUCCAACGAUGGAAUCAGAGUCCACAGCACAGGGUCACGCAGAUCGGGGGCAAAUAUGGGGUCUCCUAAACCAAAGCUCACAUUACCAGAGGCCAUGAUGGCUAACCAGUCCGCAUUGCCGGCCUCAGCAGCCAUGCUGGAGCAUUCAAGACUGUUUCAAGAGCACGAUAUGCAACAGCGCCUUCAGAGAGCAGAAGAAAAAGCUAGAGCCAAAAUCCAGCAGCAUCAGCUACAACAGCAGCGCCAAGCUGAGCAGAAGCGGCAGCGAGAAUCAAAACAAGGCCAUCAUGAUCAACUAUAUAGUCAAAAUUACCACCGUUACGACGAAUAUCGACAAGAGGCACAGCACCAGUCAAUAUCAUAUCAACAGGAGCAACCACAGAAGCAACCAUUAAACCAAGGUCAGGAUCUGCUGCAGAACUUACAAUCGCAGGGACAACUCUCAAUAACUCAAGCUGAUAGCCAGAUCCAAACUUGUUCUCCAAUGGUAAUCACAGCAUGUCCGUUUCUGGAGCUAUGUGAUAACGUUGAUGGCUCUGGCGAGUCGUUUGUGAUCCUAAGAGGGUAUACGGAGACAGAAGAAGUAUGGCGAGGUUUGCAAUGUGCGUUUGAAAAGUUCAUUGAUGACCCAAUCAAUGAUAUGCCUUCCGCCUUGCCUCCAGGAAAUACAUUGAUCCCUUAUUACCCUUCACCGCCUGAGAUACAACUCUCGGAGAAGGCACAGCGGUACUUGAGCGCCAAGGAGUCGCUUAUUGAGGAGGCAGAUGUCGCUACACCCAGAACUUUUACCGAGACAGCUAGGCCGUUGACACCAGAUGUGCUGUCUGGAGGAACUAUUCCUACAUCUAAUGGCCCUGUGGCCCAAAUUCGAGCAACGACAGCUGGUCUCACGAGAUGGAUGAACCUUUCGGGAGGGGAUAGAGAUCGAGGCCGGGACCGAGGGAAGGAGGGCAAGAGCAAGAAGGGCUCUACAACCACACAUCAUUCCCCCCCAUCGUCAUGUAUACCUUUCCAACAUCAGUCGCUGCAACGGCGCCGACACAUUAGCGGUUCGAAUGCCUCCGGAUCAGAUCGGCAAAAUAGCCAUGGGUCUGGGACUAGUCUUUUUCGACCUCGACCACGCCUGAAUAAGCAACGUUCAGCAGAUGAGCUUUCAAAGCUGCCUUCGUCGCCAAAUACGCCCUAUAGCAAAGCUUCGGAUCUAGGAUCAAGAUUCAGUUACUUUGAAAGCCAAGAAUCGGCUCAAGGGACGGGACCAAGCCAUUAUUGUGCAGGAACUUUUCAUUCAAUUGCGACAACCACAACGCAUCAUUUGAACAAUGGCAAUUGUACCGCUGACAACAGACCUAGUAAAAUCUUGAAGUGUAAUGAGGCAGCAGUUACUAGAAUAGAUACAACAAGCAUGGAGGAAAUGAGAAUUGAUCCAGUUCCAACGCCAAGGUGCUUAGCAAUGGCGACUGCCAGCGAUCAGAAGGUCGAGGUGACAGCUAUGUCGCCUUUAUCUUCUGUAGCCUGCAUGGAGCCAUUGCAGAUGCUAGAAAGUAACGAUAUGGAUGUAAAUACAAGAAGUGUAGGUAAUAUGGUGUUAAAGAUGAAUGAGGAAAUGCGCUUGUCUGGGCCUGGACCCGGGUCUGCGGAUAGUAACAGCCAGAGGAAGCAUCAGACGGUGAUGGAGGCAAGCAAAGUAGCCGUCAGCGGCGUCUUUGGUAAAUUUCGUAGGAGUGUUGGAUGAAGCGCAUGUAUGCACGCUCACACAUUUGCAGUACACUUACGCCUAUACAUCUCUAUACUUAUUAUAUCUUAUUCACUUGAAUAUAUUACCACCAUUCACUUAAACAGUCUGACAUAUGGACUGCAUAAACCAGGUUCAUGCGGUCGUGAUGAAUGUUCCUGAAAGAUGUUUCGUUACUCCUGUGUGUCUCUAAAAAUAAGCUUUACCAAUUGGAAAAAUAUAAAAUAGUUGAGUGUACAUCAGUGAGUAUGUAUUUCAUGAGAAUUAUAACAGACAACUAUUAAAUCGUCUCUACCUUUGAAACACUACGACGACAGAGGCCAUCUAUGCGGUCAUGCGUUCAUUAUCCAAGCUAGCAGUUCAUCAUACCCGCC